UUUGCAGUUUUUACAAGACAUCCUCAGUCUGGUUGGACAAUCCGUUUUGAAGUUCAAGGAAAAAUUACAAAAUUACAAAAAUAUCGUUUUAACAAGACGUUUGGACCAGUCGCGGGCAAUCCAGUUUGAAGUUCAAAGAAAAACUAAAAGAAUGACAAAAAUAUCGUUCAUUUUCGUCAUCUGGGUUUGGCCGUGUGUUGUCUAUGGCCAGUUACCCUUCAGUAAUUAUGACUAUCACUCCUAUUACAUUCCUUACACUUCUACCUUCGUCAAUCAACCCAUUAUGCAAACAAAUGACAGAACGGAAGUUCAUUUAGGCGGAAACGAUGAUGUUACUCCGAACACGAAAAAUGCUAUACUUGACUUCGCCAUUUUAUCAAGAAUACAACAAUUAGAAGUAACCAUUGCUGGUUUUACUAGCGAUUUAAAAGCAAUGAAUAACCAAUUGGAUAACAAAGCCGAAAGACAAGCUCUAUACAUAACAAACCAAAAAGUGUUGGCAUUGAGCAACGAUGUGAACGCCAUCAAGAGCCCCAGUUCGAUUAAUAAAAUGCCCACUUCAUGUGGAGAUCUCAAGGACAUUGGCUUUGUAAAAAGCGGAAUAUACUCCGUCAUAGACAACAGUAAAGUCGAAAACGUCUACUGCGAUUUUACUAAACCAAGCGAUGCAGGUCUCCAGAAAUUGAUCGGAUAUGUAAAUGUCAAGACUACCCCUGUUUAUUUUUACGCCCAGAGAACAGGGUUUUACAGCACUACCGGUACAGCCCUUCCAUUUGACGAUGUCAAGAUUAAUAUUGGCAAUGCCAUGGAUACUUCGUCUGGAAUAUUUAACGUUCCUACACCGGGAAAAUAUUUCUUCGCUUACACUGGUCUGUGUUCCGACAAAGAUACAAAAAUUCAACUACAGAACCAGACUGGGGCCGUGACAUGGACAGCAAUCGGAGAAUCUCAUUGCACACCGUAUAAUGCUUUGGCGAUUCAGGCAACUCUACAACUCGAUGAAGACGAUGAAGUGCAAAUAUACCUUCUUGAAGGAACAAUUCAUGACGGGGAUGGUAACCAUUUCAGCAACUUUUUCGGAUGGCUACUAGAGGAAGAUUUGGUUCUUUGACAACAAUGAAGUCCAUUCGACCACCUUCCGUUUGAAUGCUGCCGCCUUGCCUACUCUCGUUUGAAUUCACUCCUUCGUAGCUUGAUCAAAAUUCCAACCAAAUAAAUACCAAUAAAUACAAAUAACUUAAAAAUA